CCGGCCUUCAAAAUGGCGGAGGUCAGCAGGAGAAUGGGAAAGGGGACUUAUAGACUUCUGAAAAACUCAAAUUAUUAUUGUUGGAAGGGGACUGAAAACAAAAAUCAGAGGGGAGCUCUUCUGACAGGCGUCGUGUCAAGAGGAAUUAGGAUAUGUAGCACCCAUCGUGAGGACAUGCCAGCUCAAGGAAUUUGCACUUGUCAGUUGCAUCGAUCGACUGAGGUAUGUCAGAGUAGCACUGGAAAGCUGGUAGUCCAAGGAACUACAUCAAGCAAUUAUUUGCUGAAUCAAGAAGAUAAUGAUUUUCGUCAGCUCGGUGGGGAUUUCGUCCUUGUUUGGCCGGAUGUUAAUUGCAGUGACGGACUUUUACUGCACGGCAGCGGUCCGAUUGGAUUUGACAACAAACUCUGUUUGUCUGUGGACUGUCAAACAAGUGAACAUUUAUCGGACAAACUUAACUGCCCAGAGAGCGGUAGGCUAACAAUCACUGGCGCAAAGAGCAAACACUUUGAAGACUGUCUGUACAUGUCGCUCAGCAUUUCCCCAACUACCCAGGUUAGUGUGUUUAAGACCUCCAACUGGAGGGAUAGGAAUUUUUUGACAGCUUCCGUCCUCGCUGAAAUUCAUCGGACAGCUUGCCUGCAUAAAAGAUCAUUCUGCACAUUGACGUUGUCUGAAACACAGCCGAAUCCCCGUAGUGACAGUAUAUUCUUGCGAUCUCGUGGAAAGGCUUUGUUAGUUACCCGAUUUCGCAGCAGCAACGGCAGCCCUGACCUGCCCCUGUAUCGAACUAAAACAGCGUAUUACGACAUUCUUCAGGUUUCCCCGAAUGCCACGCACGCUCAGAUAAAGACAGCGUAUUAUAAGCAGUCAUUCAUCUAUCACCCGGACAAGAACGCAGGGAGUGAGGAGGCGACGCAGCAGUUCAACAAAAUCAGCGAGGCUUACAGGGUCCUAGGAAAUAAGACCCUGAAGAGGAAAUAUGACCGUGGCAUCUUGAGUCAGGCCGAUGUGCAAGGAGCUGGCAGACCCUCAGCCAAGGAAGCGACCGGCUCCACGACCAGCACCCAACACAAGCGGUCCCGUCACUCCCCCGCUGCUGGUUUGGGUAGCAAGCCCGUGUUUGACUUCGACGCUUUCUACAAAUCUCACUAUGGUGAGCAGCUUCAGCGGGAACGGGACCUGCGCUUCCGGAGGGAACAGGUUUUGAAAAAGAAGGAGGAGGGGGUUAAAUCCUGGAAGCUGGGCAAAAUGACUGAAAUGGCGGUAGGGUUGCUUUUAGCCAUGGCGGCGGCUAUUCUGUUCAGCUUAAGACCCAGCAAUUGAUGUCCAAUGAGGAAGCACGUCCUUAAUUCAGUCUUGUACAUAUAUGCCCUUUAGAUGCUAAGACGCCAGAACUGUCAUUGGGUCUAUCAGGGUUCGAUACCUAAGUGGCAUACACUGAGUUCAUGAUCAGAUAUCAACAGUGUUAUUAAUUCCACAUUCAACCCACAGAGCUGUGUUCAACAGUUGUGAACUGUUACAAUAUUUACGUUUUCGUAUGAGGAAAAUGAGUGUACUUGACACCUCCACAAUAUUGCUGCCCGGCGUA